AUGACAUCUAUACACAAUGGCUCGAGGUCACAAAAUGUAUCUAAUUCCAAAAAGUCCAAUUCUACCUCAAGUAGUGGCUCAUCGUCGGCUCUACAUAUAACCCAGGAUACGCUAGCUUCUUGUAGAGAAACCAAGUUCUUUAGCUAUCACCAAGGUGCCUCAAUAACGUCACUAGAUUUCGAUAAUUCCGGUCAGUAUUUAAUAUCGGCUGGUGUAGACAAAUCUAUCCAGCUAUAUGAUUGUCACAAAGGUAUCCAUUACAAAGAUAUUCAAUCUCAAAAAUACGGAGCCCACUCUGCGCGGUUUACGCACGAGGGUCUCGAUUGCUUAUAUGCCUCGACUCCCGAUUCUUCAAGUGCCACGGAAAAUAACGAAAACUCGAUACGAUAUCUCUCGUUAUCGACAAACAAGUAUAUACGGUAUUUCCAGGGACACAAAGCCCAGGUGAGCAAUAUUGAGGUUAACCCCAUAAACGAUACAUUUAUGAGCUCGAGCUAUGAUGGAACGGUAAAGUUCUGGGACUUGAAAACUUCUUCAGCCAUGGGUAGUAUCGGUGCUGGACAAAUUACCGUAGCUGGAUAUGAUCCAAGUGGAACCGUUGUGGCUAUCGGAAAGCAGCCUACAAAUAUUGCGUCAAAAGUGGGCAAGCUCGAGCUAUACAAUCUAAAGACUUUUGAUAAGGGACCUUUUCAAAGUGUAGAGAUUUCUUGUUUGCCAAAACAAGUAUGGAACAAAUUGGAGUUUUCAAAUAAUGGGAAAUUGAUCUUGAUAUCUACCGAUACUUGCGAACACUACAUUUUGGAUGCGUUUCUGGGUAGAGUAUUGGCCGUUAUACGACUCACAUACAGAAGAGACGAUAAGUGGAUGUCUACCAAAUACCCAUACUCUGGCUGUUGCUCCUUUACCCCAUGCGGCAAAUAUAUACUAGUUGGUAGCCCCAAGCAUAUAAUCCAUAUUUUCGAUUUAAACGAUUUAAAGUCCGAUUUAGAAAAACCAGUAGUAUUUUCAAGGUCAGCAGAAGUAUUGAAAUCAUCUCAUGGUUUACCCAAAAUCGUGACGUUUAAUCCAAAGCUAUUUGCAUUUGCAUCGGCCGACUCUGGCGUCUCCAUCUGGCAGCCUCAAGAAAACCAAACUCUGUAA